AUGAAUUAAACAGGAGAUUUACAAGUUUUAAAUCACUAAUUGAACAUCUAAAAUGGCAAGUUAUCUCUUUAAGUAGAAGUCUUAUCAUAAUAAAUCUAACUACUUUAAAAAUAAAUACUAUAAUUAUAAGCAAAAGUAGCAGAUUACUAAAACUUAAAGGAAGAAAAUAUCACACUAAAAAAGGAUAUUAUGAAUUUAUAAGAAUAAAUUUAAGUCCAAGAAUCAGAGUAAUAACUAGUUCAAGAAAGUUAAUUCAAUCAACAUCUUGAAGAAAUGUAAACAAGACAUAAAAAACAAAUAUAAGACUUAAAAACUUUAUAUGAGGAUAAAAUUAUAUUAUUAUAGAAAGAGAGGUCCUCUAUGUAAGAUUAAGCUAUUUAAAUGGGAGUAUCAAAUUAAGCUUCAAAAACUUUAGAAUUGUAGGCUGCUAAAAUAUUAUAAAUAAGUCAUAAGUUAGAGUAUUUAUUUUUAAUUAAUUCAGAAAAACGUUGUCUGAUCUUCCAUCUCAGAGUCCUAGUCAUGGACAUAUUGGAAUAUCUAAAGAAACAUAUAAUUAAAUGCUGGACCAAUUAAAAAGCAAGUCUUCUAAAAAUAUUAUCUUAGAAAAAAUACCAGAUUAACAAAAUUUGUAAAUUUAUUAAAUAUGAUUUAGUUCUCAACGAUACAAAAAGACUUCCGUCAUCAAUAUUAAAAAAGAGCCCACUUUUAGUGUUAAAAAAAUAUUACAUUACAAUAAACCUCAAGAUUCAACUAGAACUUAAAAUUCUGCAAUUGCUCUCACUAUAAGUACAUUAACCAAGAAAUCUUGA